AUGGAGAGAUUCAAUUCUAACAAAGGGGGGCACAUCAACUCUGCCUAUGAUUCCAACCUGGAUGAACCUCCAGUUUAUGAGGAGACCAACGAUGACCACAGGACAGUGCGACCCUCCGUGAUCAGCGCCUUCGGUCAUGACACUCUGGACCGCGUGCCCCACAUUGACUUCUACCGCAAUGCAGGCAGCAUGAGUGGCCACAGAGCUGUGCGGCCCUCCCUGCAGGAGCUCCAUGAUGUGUUUCAGAAGAACGGGGCGAUCUCUGUCCCAGACACAUUGGAGGACGAUGGCGAGAGGAGCAUUGGAACCCCCUCUGACGAUUUAGAGUCUGCUGCUCCCACUGACGAUAUGGGCAUGGUAAAGUUUGGCUGGAUAAGAGGAGUCCUGGUGAGAUGCAUGCUCAACAUCUGGGGUGUCAUGUUGUUCAUCCGUCUGUCCUGGGUUUUUGGUCAAGCAGGCUGGGGUCUGGGAAUUGUGAUCAUCGCGCUCAGCUGUGUGGUCACCACCAUCACCGGCAUUUCCAUGUCGGCUAUUUGUACUAAUGGUGUGGUGAGAGGAGGAGGUGCCUACUACAUGAUAUCUCGCAGUUUGGGACCAGAGUUCGGUGGUUCGAUUGGUCUUAUUUUCGCAUUUGCCAAUGCAGUGGGUGUAUCCAUGUAUGUGGUGGGAUUUGCUGAGACAGUGGUCGACUUGCUCAAGGAGAACUCUGCUAUCAUGGUGGAUGAAAUGAACGACAUCAGGAUCAUUGGCUGUAUUACAAUUGUGCUGCUCUUGGGUAUAUCAGUUGCUGGGAUGGAAUGGGAGGCAAAGGCACAAAUUAUUCUUCUGGUUAUCCUGCUGGUGGCCAUAGUGAAUGUUUUUGUAGGAACAGUCAUUCCUGCAACCAAAGAAAAGAAAGCCCAAGGGUUUUUCAAUUAUAGAUCCAAAAUCUUCUUAGAGAAUUUUACUCCAGAAUUUAGGGACGGUGAGACAUUUUUUUCAGUAUUUGCCAUCUUUUUCCCCGCGGCAACUGGGAUCCUGGCUGGAGCUAACAUCUCUGGAGACUUGCGGGAUGCCCAAGCUGCACUACCCAAAGGUACCUUGUUAGCCAUCCUGAUCACUGGUCUCACCUAUCUGGCGAUGGCUCUUUGUGUCGCUGCUACUGUUGUCCGUGAUGCCACAGGCAACUCAUCCAGCAUCAUAAAUUACACAACACCAGUAAUUUGCAAUGGUUCAACAGCGGUUGCUUGUGAACUCGGCUACGAUUUUUCUUCCUGUGAAGUAGAGAAAUGCAAGUUUGGCUUGAUGAAUAACUUCCAGGUCAUGACCUUGGUGUCUGGGUUUGGUCCUCUCAUUAUUGCUGGAACAUUUUCAGCCACCCUGUCAUCAGCCCUGGCUUCCCUUGUCAGUGCGCCUAAAGUCUUCCAGGCACUGUGUAAAGACAACAUCUACAGGGCCCUGCACUUCUUUGCCAAAGGACACGGCAAAAACAACGAGCCAAUCCGUGGUUAUGUCCUCACAUUCAUCAUUUCUGUUGCUUUCAUUCUCAUCGGUGACCUCAACACAAUCGCUCCUAUCAUCUCAAACUUCUUCCUCGCAUCUUAUGCCCUCAUCAAUUUCUCCUGCUUCCAUGCAUCUUAUGCCAAAUCUCCAGGUUGGAGACCGGCAUAUAAAUACUAUAACAUGUGGCUGUCCCUGAUGGGAGCAUUGCUUUGUUGCGUUGUUAUGUUUGUUAUCAACUGGUGGGCUGCUCUGCUCACAUAUGGCAUUGAAUUCCUCCUCUACAUAUAUGUCACAGUGAAGAAGCCCGAUGUGAACUGGGGUUCGUCCACGCAAGCGGUAACGUUUGUGAGUGCAGUCAGCAAUGCUCUAUCUCUGUCAGGUGUGGAGGAUCACGUCAAGAACUUCAGGCCUCAGGUCUUAGUUCUGACGGGUUCAACACGAAGCAGGCCGGCUCUCCUUGACCUGGCUCACUCCUUCUCUAAGAACUAUGGACUAUGCAUUACCUGCGAAGUGUUUGUGGGCCCCAGAUCAGAGACCUUUGAAGAGAUGAACAAUGCAAUGGAGAAGAACCAGUUGUGGCUUAAGAAGAAAAAACGCAAGGCAUUUUAUGCUGCCGUGGCCUGCAAUAACUUCAGAGAAGGGACUGAGAGUCUGCUGCAGGCUUCUGGUCUUGGCCGUAUGAAGCCUAACACAUUAAUGAUAGGCUUCAAGAAAAACUGGAGGACUGCUGGGGCAGAAGCAGUUCAGAGUUACGUGGGAAUACUUCAUGAUGCAUUUGACUUUGAGUACGGGACCGUAAUGCUGAGGGUGAACCAGGGACUGGAUGUGUCUCACAUUGUCGAGGCAGAAGAGGAGAUGCUAAGGGCAGCAAAGGAGCAAGAGGCUCUGGAGAAUGAGAUGAUGCCAAAUGGAGGGAAGGGAAAAGGACUAUUCAGGAAAUCCAGGAAGUCAUCUCAGCAAGUGCUCACGACCAGAGUGUCAGUGUGUGGCUCUCCACCGCCACAGGUUGCCAAAAUGAAUGAGAAGCUGGUGGAAGCCAGUCUUCAGUUUAAGAAGAAACAGCCCAAAGGCACCAUUGAUGUGUGGUGGCUGUUUGAUGAUGGAGGUCUUACACUGCUCCUCCCCUACAUCCUCACUACCAGGAAGAAGUGGAAAGACUGCAAAAUGAGGAUCUUCAUCGCAGGACAGCCUGGACGCAGUGAUCUGGAUAAGGAGGAGAUGAAGGGCUUGCUGAAGAAGUUUAGAAUCAACUGCAGUGACAUUAAUGUCUUUGAUGACCUACAUAUCAAGCCCAGGUCUGAAAGCUUGAAGGAGUUACAGGAGAUGAUUGAGCCUUUCCGUCUGCAUGAAGGGUCCAAAGACCCUGAUCAGAUUAGAGCCUUGCAGAAACAGCAGCCCUGGAAGAUCACCGACAAAGAGCUAAGCGAGUUUGAGGAGAAGACACACCUCCAGGUACGACUGAAUGAGCUCCUCAAGGAACACUCCAGAUCAGCCAAUUUAAUCAUUCUGAGCAUGCCCAUAGCUCGUAAAGAAACGAUCUCUGAUUUCCUCUACAUGGCCUGGCUGGACAUUCUGACAAAGGACCUUCCACCCACCCUGCUCAUUAGAGGCAACCACAAGAGUGUGCUCACUUUCUACUCUUGAGCACUUUCCAUGCUAACAAUCCAAGUGUGAUAUAGCUAGAAAGGAAAGGAAUGGUGUUGCCAUAAUGAC